UAUUUCUAGUGCAGAAAAGAUUUGUAGUGGCUUUGCAUUUGGUGUUAGAUUUGUCAAUACAAAAAUGUGACUUGGGUGUAAUACUUAUGAAGUCAAUUAAUAUGACGCGAUGUGUUGUUUUUAAACCAUGCGAUGUACUGCUUUCUUUCGCGAACAGGGAAAUUGACAUAAGAUUAUGCAUGCCUCACUUGUAAAGUGGUAUACAUUUGGAGGAAUCGAUAAAAAAUAAUACAAUUGCAACUAAAAAUGUGUAAUUAUUAACUGUGCUAAAUAUUUGGUGUGACGUACAGGUGGAAAUUGUGGCUAUUUGAUUGGACGCGUAGCUGGUUGGAAUAAUACGAAAUGGUUUCGAAAAUAAUAUAUUUGAUGUUUCUUAUAUUGGCAUCUUACACAAGUAUAAUUACAUGUGUAGAAGUCCAUUUUGAGUCUGCAGAGAGUGGCUUUUUUUUUAAACAUUCAAGACAGCCGCCAAUUGCUCCAGAAAUAUCCAUUCAAACGUCGUCUGUCAAUCCAACUAAAACAAGGGCAACAUAUGAUUCUGUCUUGUCAGUUGAUCGUUUCACGGUUGUUCAAACAACCCAGCCUGUAUCCAUUAGAGCUAGCUAUGGUCCAUUUUCAACUAAACAAACUGUUCCAGCACGUUACAUUGUUCCGGAUGUGCUGGAGAAUCAAAACAAUAAUCUCAAUAACACCACAGCAGCACUAAUGGAGUUGCAACAGGCUAAUAUGCAUUUGGAUAUAUCUGCACAUUUAAUAAAAUCGGCGAUUUCUCGAGACUCACCAGUGUUGCGGGUUCUUUUCCAUGCUGGCACAGAUCCUGGUGGACACCUUCAAAGGCAACGAAUAUGCGUCCUGCUGCAUAUUUCACUGGGCACUCAAAUUCCGUUGAAAGGUCGUUGUAUGCCUGAUGGCGAAGAUAACGUCUGUGUUGCUGAGGUUAUCAUUCCUUCAAUAUGGUGGCCAGGAUAUCAAUCAAUCAGGGGAAGCAGUAAUACUUCACAGAAAUUUCCACACAGAGUGAUACAAGCAUCAUACAGCGUAUUUGAGCCUUCUCCUCGCAACUUUGAGCAAUGUGAGCCCAAAGUCCAAAUUCAACCCUUGACAACAUUUGCUCAUAUCCCACUUGUUGCUGCUACGAUGCCAUUCAAAGAAAUUCGCAUUGAUGAUCAACUGACGUUUCUUUUGCCGCAAAAUGCAUUGUAUCCUAUGUCAAAAAUUUAUGUGCCAGUAAUUUUUCGUCAAAUUUAUGGAUCAGAUAUAUCUGCAUUUACUGUACGAGCUCGCGUAAAAUCAGGUGUAAAGAUUUUGGGUGCUACGACAUCUACCGAUUUAUGGAGUAUAUCAAUUGAAAAGGAAAAUCCCAAGCAUACCACAGCUCGAGUUACAGCAUUUAGAAAAGAAUCAGAAGUGCCUGCUGAAAUUAACAAUGACAUGAAAAAUAGAAGUCUCGAGACCAGCGCUCUAGAAAUAUUCUCUUGGCUUCUUGAACUUGGCGAUGGUGCAACAGAUAUAUUGGAAGGUGGAAAAAUAGUUUGGUAUGUUUCAUAUGUUUAUAAACCAGAGAAAUCGAAAAAUCUGAUCCCGGGAAGUACGCUCGGCGAUGAAUCUAAGAAGAGGGUAACAACAAAACUGGAAAUUGACAAAGAUGAUAUACAAGCAGUAUUACCAAUGGCGAAGAACUGGGAAUUAAUUAAUACUGCUGUACUAACUGGGCGUCAGGUAGCUCAAGCUAUGAAAGUCUUCAUCGUAUCACAAGCUGGUAAAGUAGCUGAUGUGACACUGCAAAGUUCCUGUUAUGCUGAAGAUGAAAGUGUUAUCAAGGUAUCUUCUUCGUGCAGCUCAGUUUAUAUAGACGGCUCUGAAAUAAGAGGUUCCUCUAAUGCUUCAGUUAUUGUAAAGUACGGAUCGUAUACUGGAUUGGCGAAGUUUACUGUGUGGAUGCCAGAAUUUCCAUUAGAAGUCUAUGUGUCGGACUUCAGGCUGUCUCAAAUAAAAGGAUGGAAAGUGGUUGAUGAGAGCAGUAUUUUACCGAGUAAACAAACUCAACGCCGUAAAAAGAGGUCCAACGGAUGGAGUCAAUAUAAAAGUGAUGUUGGGACAGAUAAAAUAGUUUGUAAAGCCCGAUACCAACAAAGCCCUGUAGAUGUUUAUGCUCGAUUUUUGGCCAUUGAUCAAAAUUCUGGGCGCAUAAGUUAUUUUAUUUCGCGGCGAACUGGCUUGCGGGUCACGGAUUUGGUACAACCACUUUUACGUGUAUCUGAUCCGAAAAUUGCUACUUUAAAAGGGAGAAUUUUGCAAGGAAAAUCAAUGGGUCGCACAGAUGUGCAGGUCCUAUCUCCCAUCACAGGCCGAGUGAUAGGAACCAAAGAAAUUCGUGUUGGGAGUGAUAAAGUCAGUUUGAAGAAGUUAAUUGUGCGUGUAAUAUCAGGUCUGCAAUUAACUAUUUCUCCAGACACUGGUAUCGACAACGGAUAUACAGCAGAAACUUCGGUUACAAACAAGCUAACUGCUCAAUAUCAGGAAGGAUUGUUGGAUAUUGAUCUCGAGUUUUCAGAUGGAUCCAAAACUCCUUUGAGAGACAUCUCUGUGGAAGACUAUUUUCUAUUGGUUGAGAGUUUGGACACUGAAGUUGUUGCAUUUGCACCAAUGCUGGCAUCACAUCACCCACGAGUUAUUGCUGUUGGAGAAGGGAAUGGUGAUCUUUUACGUGUAACAUUGCUCUUGUCAGAGGAUUGCCGUAUGCGGCGAAGUACGGCAGCAUCGAAACACAUGAAGUCAAACUUUUCCCCUCUAAUAAGUUCGCUAGCAGUUGUUGAAGUCGAUUUCAAUAAUUUUGAUAGUAAUAGUAAACUCGAAUCUAUUCAAAAUGAUGGAAUUGUUGGCAAAGAGAGAAAAAAUGUCCAUAUCAACGGAGACCUAGCUGACAUCAUUGUAGGUAUUCCCUUGAAAAAUGCGCAAUACAACGAUGAGUCAGUUUUGGUACAAACAAGACAACAUCAUGGAAGUACACAAUCUUUGAAAAACUAUCGAAAUAGCAAGUAUGCUUUCCGCAAUGAUAUGUCAUCCAUGGAAAUCGGAGUAUACGUUCUUCUUACUGCCUUCUGUUUUGCGAUUGUGGUGUUUGUCAUUUCAUGUGUGGUAUAUGCAUCAAAAUUCAGACCAAGAACCAUUGAGACAGAAUUAACCAAGGCGAUCAUCGCUCCCAAUAUUUUGACAAAAGAACUUCGCUUCCCGAAGGAAUCAACAACGAACGUUCACGACUGGGUGUGGUUGGGUCGCUCUACUAUGGACAGAUCAUCUUUAAUUAACGAUGCAAUUACGAAUAAUGAUCAACGGGAUGCACGGAUUAAGAUUACAAAUAAUCCAAUCAACUUCAUAAACAAUUCUGUCACAUCCUUUGAUGGUCAUGCAAAACACCCAAGCCAGCAACAACAUGAAAUAGCAAGGCCAGAAUGCAAUGAUUCCAAUUGCUGCAUAAAGGCAAUCGAAUAUAGGCCUCCUGUGCCCCCACAUCGUAAUAUAGGCGUUAGAGCUUUCGUAAGUUUCGAUAAAGAGAAUGCAAACAAAAGUCAAAGUGCAGCAGAAGCAAAGGACGUGGACAGCCAACUUGAGCAAUGCCAUAAAGAUGUCUCACAAAUAAAAACUGGAGGCCACAAUUGCCAAAAACCAAAGUCUUUUAAUAUGAAACAGAAGACUUUACAACACGUUGAUUACGAAAAAAUGCAUAACGCAGAAAAAUUGGUACAAUUUGCUGAUUAUAGCAGAAAAACUGCUUUUCAAUUUGAUUCUCUCCCACAAAAAAAUUAUAUUGGUAAUGAUACAGCAGAAUCCUUAGUCUGCGAAACACCGGAAAAUAAAGCACGAAGAUCAAUGGUGGGUGAUCAGAAUAGCACAACAAAUUUAUUACAACAGAAUCUUGGAUUAAAAGCAGGCAUGAAAAAGGAAGUCAAGAGAGCUACAGUCGUUGGAAACCCAAUGUUUUCUAAUACAAGUGAUGAUCACGUAGACAGUCAUGACGACCUGGUUCUUGAUGGUUUUGAAAUGGAUUACGAACAAAUUAUGCAUUAUUUUGAUAAUCUAAAGGAAUCGAAUGCUUAAGUAUUGAAUGAUGGCAAAAAUACGCAUUACACUAUAUCAACUGAAGUAAAUUCAUAGAAAAAAUAUAUAAAUAAAUUACUGACGGGAUUUCCAACCCAUCAUUGGACAUUACUGGAUAAUUUGGAAACAAACAAUUCAGAAUAAAAACAUCGGCGAUGGACACGAUAAAUAAAUAUACAGUGAAAGAUGCAUGUUAUUAUGUUAUCUUAUAAAUACCCAUGCGCAUAAUAUUACGCUUACUUCGUUCAUAAGUAAAUAUAAAUAAUAAUGUUACUCAUACAUUCUACAAAUCAAUCACAUAAAAUACGCGUGUUCUAGAACAGCAUAAGAAAUUAUAAUUAAGGAUAAAAUUGAAGGUAUUUAUUUAUUAUUUCAAAUCACCAUAAGAUUUCAAAUUAUUAUUAGUUGCAUAAAUUCAUAUGUUUAUUUCAUGAAAUAAUGCAUUCCAUUACCAAUAGAUAAUUUGUUUUAAAUGUAUGCAAGAAGCCAAAUAAUUAACUGUUUAAGCAUAAGAUUGUGCCGUCCAAGUAUUUUAUUUCAAUGUUUAACUAUUUAUUCUGCUUUAAUCAUCAUUAUGGCCCCUAUUAUGAGCAACAUUCGAUCUUCGACUGUAGUCGAAAGUGCUGAUCGAACGAAUUUUCAUUUGGUAUUAUGGUGCUCAUUCGUUGAAGAAUAUGACUAUUGUGAAUUUCGAUCGCUCGACGCAUUUACAAUAGAUAAUUUUUUCUCAGCUGAUACAGCAAAUCAAAAUAAAAGAAAAACCGAUUGUGUUGAAAUUCUUUGCUAACAUUAUUUUUAAAAGGUAAAAAAAGUAUUUUUUGUGAAAAUGAGUACAACGGAGUUGUGGUUCGACGAUUCAUCGGACGAUGAAAGAUUAGUGGAACUAGCUAGAAGUAGGAAACAAUUGAGGGACGCAUCCAACCACCUAGAAAUGGCUUCCACUGAGUAAAUUUAGAGCUUUCAAAAUGUGUUGACGUACUUAAUAUUACAGAAAUUUCCUUACAGAUUUUUAAAGAACUUUAGAUUAUCUAAAGAGCCGUUUGUGAACCUACUGUCCAGUACAGAAAACCAGUUGCAGCAGUGCACCCGAGCCAUUGAUUCCAAAUAUUUUAAAGCUAGCCACAGUUCUGCGAGUUUGUGCUCAGGGAUCGUACCAAUUGAGUAUUGGUAAUGAAGGUAUGCUAGGACUUGCUCAACCCAAUGUGUACGAUGAUGCUGAAGAUAUUGAAGUGGAGUCAAAUAACGGAGAAUUAGAAAACAUAAGAAAUGAAAUUUUGAGAAUAUUAUAGAAAAAUCUAAAAAGUAUUAAAUAGAAACCUUUACACCACA